UAUGAUGGCGAUCCCGGCGAGGAGAGCUUCUGCCCUUGUGGCUGGGACGAUUUCCUGCUUUCGUGGGCUAAAUAUCAGCAGUCAUGGGGCGGCGAAAGCUGCGGUCGCUACAGCUAAUACGAAUUAUUUCAAAACACUGCCAAGUGCUGCAUCCUUCCAUACCUCUGCUAGACGCUUGGGGUUGAUGGAAUUCUUUGACGACAAGAAGAAUUGGGGUGAGCAAGAGGUGAAGGUUGGGCGUGCAUGGAAGCUGGAUGAACUGCGGAUCAAGAGUAACGAAGACCUUCACAAGCUGUGGUUUGUGCUGCUAAAGGAAAAGAACAUGCUUUUGACAAUGGAGUUUGCCUGCAAGGAAGAAUUUAAGCUCUUUCCUAAUCCAGAGAGAAUAGAUAAGGUGGAAGAGAGUAUGAAGAAUCUUGAGGAAGUUGUGCAGGAAAGAAACAAAGCCUAUUGGCUUUUGGAGACUGGGGAGACAGGGGAAAGACCAGGUGCCAGAGUCAAGGACGAAUUAGGUCGUCUAGUUUACAAGAGGUUCACAGAACAUGCAGUUCCAAUUUGGUUGCAUAAACAGAGCAAGUCAAGUAUACACCGAGGAGCAGCUGUGAGGCGUUUCCAGAGGUACAUGAGAGAGAAAAGAGGAAUUGAAAACAGAAGAUACAGAAGGCGAAUUCGCAAUCACGUGUGCGGACUUCUGCGCCGUUUCCCCGAUGCAAACUUGGAGGCCAUUCAAGAACAUUUCCCAGAGGUGGAUGUAGCAAAACAGCGCUUGUCAUCCAGAUCUCGAGGAAACCACAGAAAUAUAGCUUAAGAAGUUUUGUAGUCACAGAUUUAACAAUAUGAGGAUGCAGAUAAUGAGAGUGAACUGAGGUAGUGAGAAGGAUGCAGGAAUUUUACUUGUUAACAUUUUUUUUUCCCCCAUUGAAAAGUGAGUAUUUCUUGUUUCUUUAAGAAGGAUGUGUACAUAUGAAAUCAAUAAAAUAAUAAUUAAAAUAAUGUAUGUGUA